AUGACAUCGACGCCAGAGACCAAGACCAGCGCCGCCUCGCCCACGUCAACGCCUAGCAGCAAGGGCGAGGCUACUCCUCACGCCGUCGAGGACUUUGCGCGCAUCGAUGCCGUAGACCGCAUCCGCUCAGCUGUGCGCACAGAUCGCUUGGAGAAAACGCUCGAGGAGCAACGUCGAGGAGACAAGAAUGACGCCUCGUCGCGCUGGCGCAGGGCCGGUCUCAUGGCCGAACAGCUAGGCAAGCAGGAUGCUGCCCCAGAACCAGCCGUCAAGGGGCAAGCAGCGUCUUCGUCCCGUCUGUUCAAGAAACCAACUUCUCCGCCGCAGUCCCCUCCGGCGUCCGUCGACUCGCUCACCUCACAGCUGCGCGGCACAAGUUUCUUCGACAAGCUCCCCUUCUCGUUCAAGAACGAAGCAGAAAAGGAGGAGUUCAUUCGUGAAUCCAAAGUCUUGACCAAGCGCAUGGAGGAUCAGAAUUGGCUCGAGAUGCUCGAUCCCAAACAUCGCUACGGGAGCAACCUAAAGCACUACCAUCGAUACUGGAACCUCAAGGCCGACACAAAGCAGAACUUUCUUCAAUGGCUCGACGAAGGCGACGGCAAAGAUCUCAGCUUGGAGGAAUGUCCUCGAUCCAAGCUUGAGGCCGAGCGCAUCAGCUACCUGACCGCUGACCAACGGCGCAAUUACAUGACCUACAUCGACAACGACCAAGAUGCAGAUGUUCCAGCUCAGACCCAAUUGGAGGAUCUCCGAGCCCGUCUCAAGCCGCACGGGGGCAAAGGUCGCUUACGCUGGUGUCGCACAGGUCAGCUCGUCAGCACGUCCAAGUAUGAUCAUGGCGACCUUGGCAAAGGCAGGGGUGUAGCGCUGCGUCAAUCACAGGAGUGGCAGGACGCCAUUGCUACCGGCGAUGUAUGCGAAGUGGUCCGCGAUGACAAGAUCAAGUAUCGCAGAACCAACUCGACCGGCUCCUCCGACAGCUUCACUUCCGACUCGAGCUCAUCAGACGAGGAGCUCCCAUCGGAGGCGUCACCGACGCCCGAAACGGUCUCGGCUGUGGCGGGAACAUCGAGGUCCAGACCGCCCAAAGCGCACCCAGACGAAAAGCAACAGACUCGAAAGGAAAAGCUUCUCGAGAAAGCCAACUUGGGUCCCAAGUAUCUCAUCAAGCAGAAGUUGGGGCUGUAUGCUUCAGCCGAUCGGCAGCAGAUCGUCAAGGGUGACUCCGAAGCCAAAGAGGACCAAGAAGCGGAGGCGAAGGAGUCUGCCUCCCGCCCAGAUGCUCUCAUCCGUCGCCGAAAAGCCGAUACGUGGAUCUUUGUGACCGAUCUUUCCUACAAUCUGUACAUCGGCAUCAAGCAGCGUGGCCGCUUCCAGCAUUCCUCAUUGCUCGCAGGGUCGCUCGUCACCGUCGCUGGCGUCCUCAAAAUAAAGGAUGGCGUCAUCGUCUCCAUAUAUCCUUGGAGCGGUCACUAUCGUUCGUCGUCCCAGCAUUUCGAGGAGUUCAUCCGCCGACUGCAGGAGAGGGGUCUCGACACGAGCCAGAUCAACGUCACCAAAGCCAAAUAUGUCAUGGAAGUGGUCAAUCGGUACGGCAUGUACCGCAAGAAGAAGGACCGCAAGAUCAAGGAUGUCAAGGAUUGGCUGCAUGAAGCUUGGCAUCCUCAAGAAGCAUCAAAGCCCACCUCAUGA